UUAUAUUCAAGGAAAAACCUUACAAUUCCUUAAGAAUAGGUAGGAUAGGUAUAUAAAUUCGCUUAUAACGUUAAGCGUGAUAACGCUAAGAGAUUUGGCAUCUGACAACCUACAAUCAAUUUUCCGAAUGUGUCUGGAGCAAGGGUGGCCGUCAUGUAUCCGGAAGUGCUAAGUUUUCCCAGUACAAAAGAUUGUCGGAUGGAAAACAUGCGAAAAGAUGUGAAACCUUUGAUAAUAACAAGAUUGUAUGGAUACGUUUGUUUGACCUAUGGACUGAAUUCGAAGCGACUAAUGAGCAUUACAUCAGAUUGUGGAAGAAGGAGGGAUUUUAACCUGUAGUCCCGUGUCCUGGAGGUCUAGCUAGCCUUGGGCUAGGCGUGUUGCGGCUGGAUAGGAUGGGUAACAAACACUCAUCCUCGCGCUGCUGUUGUGCUUUCUCUAGGCGGACCCCUCUGAACAAUAAAGAUCCGAGUAGUCCUAGGGAGAUAACUUACCAACAUCAAGAUGGUGGUUUAAAGGUUUCUUCUGUUGAAGUGGAUAGCGUCAAUCAGUUACCACAUAUAAGUGACAGAGAACCUGCAGAUGAGGAAGAUCCUUCACUACAUCCAGGACCACGGACCAUGUUUUUAACCCUUUUCCCCAAGAAAGGGCAUGAUCGCAAUAACAGAAACCAUGGCGGUGCUCUAAAGCGAUGUAGUUCAUGUUCGACCAUCUACUUAGAUGAUAGUACUGUUAGUCAGCCAAAUUUAAAAGCAACCAUCAAAUGUGUUGCUCUAGCGAUUUAUUACCUUAUACGAAACAGAGAAGAUAACCGAGGUUUGAAAAUAUUUGAUGAGAAACUCCAUCCUCUAUCUAGGGACUCAUUGCCCGAUGAUUACGCAACGCGUAAUCCUGAACACAAGCAUAUAUACAAGUUCAUACGUCUGCUGUUCAACGCGGCUCAACUCACGGCUGAGUGUGCUAUAGUUACAUUGGUGUACAUAGAAAGAUUAUUAACUUAUGCUGAUAUUGAUAUCAUUCCAUCAAAUUGGAAGAGGACCGUAUUAGGCGCAAUUCUUCUAGCGUCCAAAGUGUGGGAUGACCAAGCAGUUUGGAACGUGGAUUAUUGCCAGAUACUCAAGGAACUGACAGUGGAAGACAUGAAUGAAUUAGAACGUCAAUUUUUAGAACUCCUUCAAUUCAACAUAAAUGUACCAUCAAGCGUAUAUGCUAAGUAUUACUUUGACCUCCGAACAUUGGCAGAAUUCAACGAUCUUCAUUUCCCGGUAGAAUCACUAACCAAAGACCGUGCGAUGAAGCUUGAGGCAAUUUCCAGGCUGUGCGAGGAUAAACUACAGGAUAGUGUAGAGCUACCCCGUUCUCAGAGUGCAGAUGCUAUCACCGUUAUGCCCCGCUUCAAGGCAGCCAUCUUGUCAUGACAGUUCCUCAAGUUUGUAUUAUGUCAUUAGGACAUAAGUCAUUGACGCCAGAUGCACAUUGCCAUGGCGCAGUAAAGCUAAGCUAGAUCUUGCAGUGUCUGGUCAUGCUUGGCUCAGCUGUGUAUGGCUGUAGAAGGUUAGCCAGGUUAUGUGGGGAAUCUACCGUGUUAAGCCACAGAAAUACCAUCACUCAUUGCCUGCCAUGUGUUGUCUAAUAACCUUCUAUUAAGAUCGUUGCGUUAUUAACAAUACCCCUUCCCUGGCAGGUUAUUGGAAAUGCUUUGCAAUAAUUUUCUGUCGUGUAAAUGCUAGAGAGUCGAUGCUUUUAGUCCACCCUAAUGAACCAUUUUUUUUAAUUCAGAGUCACUACGAAUUGUGGUCUUUACGUAAUGAAUGUGGUCGGCCACUCUACUCUGAGUUUGUUAAAUGCUAGUGCAUGUGCAAUAACCAUGUUAAAACCAAGAGUCAUGUCAUUCCUUUGCCAGUAUUCCGUUACCUGGUAUUGUGGGAUAGCAUGUUGUUAUUAGUUGUCUGUAGGGUCACUCAGAAGUAGACUGUAAUUUGAUUUUAAAUUGAAGCAGUUGAUAACGAAUGAAAAUACACUGUAGUUGUACUUAGGUCCUCUUAGGGCCUAGAUGCCCUAAGUUCUAGAUUGAUCUAGGUGAAAAGUCUUUUGCAGUUGGUACAAAAUGGAUGGUAAAAUAAUACAUUAAUGUAUAUUCGCAUUUUAUGAUUCAGUAUCUUGUGGUUUUCGUAAUUGUUUUUUGUUUUCGAUUGUGAAAAUUAUGUGUAUAGCCUACUGUAUAUAUCAGUGAGUUAUGGCAUAGGCUGUAAAGGAAUUUGUUAUUUAAAUUAAUGUAAAUGAGAAAUCGUGUUUAGCUAUUGGUUUUGUAUACUGAACUGUGAAAUUUUCCAACGACCAAAUAAAACAUUUCCCUAAGUGUCGGUGAGGGCGCUAUUUAUCCUUAACUGCUGUUUUGUCCAGCCAAGUGUACUUUAAUAGUGUUGUAUGGUUUUAGAGAAUGCCGCUGUCACAGAGAAUUAAUUUUAGUGUUUCACAGUUGUACCCAAGCAAAUUUACCUCUUAAUUGUACAGCAUGGGUGACUUGCAAUUCUAAUAUUGUAGCCUGCAAGACUUUGUCACUUCAGCCUUUUCUGCAGCCUAUAAAACUAAGCUUGAGUUGCUCUCUUGACUCAAAUCAUCUGACAUCAAUUGACCUUUCGUAAAUGGCCGAUGAUGAAGAGCAACCGUGGCGAUAUAAAUAUUUUAGCGAAAGAAUGUAACUGAAGAAUUGCCAGUUCUAUACUUGCAGUUGUACAUAGUUGCGCAAUCGUGGGUGAAAAUCAAGCCGAGUGCUACCAGCCACUAGUAGCAAGGGUAACAUAAGCUUUGCUUUAGAUUCUAACACUGUAGCCUACAAAAUUUUAAAACUGCAAUCUAAUACCUACAUUAUUCUAAAACUUUAGCUUAUAAUAUUGAUAUUCUAACACCUAUUCUUACUAAUUGAUUUGCAAACACUAUUGUGGUAAAUUGAAAACCAUACAAAUUGUUAAUUUGUAGGAAGUUUGCAGAAGAACUUUUUAUCAGUACUAUGAUUACAAUAGUAUGAUAUGCUAAUUAUAAAUAUUUUUUGUAGCAAAGUAACACCUUAAACCUAUUAUUAACAAUUUAUGCAAAAUUGUGUCUUUUUUCUUGCAAUUACCAUAUGAAAAUCAUGAUGGAAAAGCUCUACUCAAAGGCCACUAAGGAUAGUUUAAUUCCUGGGAUGGGAGUUGAUGAGUCCACCCUUUCCGCAUGUUAUCAACCCACAAAAUCGAUUGUUACCUUCUAAAGAAGACUUAAUAUGUUCACAAUUCCAAAUUAUGUAGGCCUACAUUAUCCUUUUUAAGUUUUUAUACAAUUUUUACCAUAAAUUUUCUCGAUUUUAAAUAAAACCCUAAUAAAUUUUUUAAUAUUUUAGUCAAGGCACUAAGAACAAUUUUGUAAACUUAAAAUAUACAAGUUGAUUUUCUCUUUAAACUGUACAUGAAAAUAAUAUUCAUAUUCCAUUUUCAUUGGAUAUGAUUAAAAUAAAAUCUUAAUUGUUUUGGCCCUACAUUUUUAUUAGCUUUACCAGGGGAAUAUCCAGGAGGGGUAAAUUGAGUAGUCAAACAACCCCUAUUUUCCUUUGAUCAUCGCUAAUUCUACAAAGAAAUAAUUGGCUUCUUCCUUGAUGAGGGUCCCAAGGGCUUCGAAAGAACCCCCCUUUUCCAGAUAUGCCCAUUUAGACUACUACUAUGAAGUACCAUUUUGCAUGAAAGUUUUGGAAAUUCUCCAAAUAUUUGAAAUUUGGCAUUUUUAUUGCCAAUCCCAGACAUCUGAGGUGUUAUAUCUUUAAAAUUUAACCCAGCUAGUGUGCGGCCGAGGUCGGUUUGGCCUCAAAGUUCCGUUUUGUGAACCCCCUUUAAAAAUCCUACCUACGGGCUUGGGUUCUGCGCCCUCUGGAUGCCUGCUGGCGCUGCCACUGAUAUGCAGCCAUAUAUUGUGAUAUAAUAUUAUUGCCUAGAAGAAAUCUUGUACUAUAUUAAAUCUGUGCACUAGUAAUUGGUGUUCACAGUACAGUACAUGUGUUUGCUGCCCUCUGUGGUUUAUGAUGUUGUAUGCCUCUGACAUUAUUUGUUUAUCAUACAUUCCCUGAUUUAUCAAUUCAGCAACUUUAAUUUUUCUCUAGUAAAUUGUAUAAAUUAUUAUGAACAAUUUCUAGUACAUAAUAUGUAAAGGUGAUUUAAAAAGUACUAGUCUAUUUUGACUUGAUUAAUCCAUGGAGGAUACUAAUUCCUCCAUGAUUAAUCAUAGGAAUAUAUAAAAUCUAAUUCUUUGGUCAGGGGUCCCAAGCUGUCAGAAUGGAAGAAUCCACUUCCAGGAGAUCUAGUCUAAUGAGCUUUCUUUUUAUGCAUCUAAUUGUAUUUUGCUGCAUGAGUUGAUACCACUGAUCUCUACUAUAAAAGCAGGAUUGUUCGAUCUCGUACAGAAAAAAGCGAGGCCUCCGACGCCAUGUUGGAGGGCCUAAGUGACACACCAGUUUAGACAAGUUUCUUUUGACAUUUGUUUAAAUUAUAGUUAAAAAAAUAACGAUUCUUGCAAUAUUUUUCAUUAAUAAAUUUAAAUUUAACGUUUGAAUUCUUUUCAAAACAUCUAAUGAUUGGACAUGACUGUUUAUGCAGUUUACAGAAGCGCAAGCGAAGUCGUAUUGUUAUAGUGACAUAGAUUCUAACAACGCAAAUAACUUCUUAAACUGCAUAAAAAGUCACAUUUGGAAAAUAAUCAUUACAUUAAAUUAAAAUUUAUUAGUAACAUUUUUGCAAGAAUCAUUAUGCGUAACAAUAAUUUAAACAAAUGCCAAAAGAAACUUGUCUAACUAAAUUGAUACGUCAUGUAGGGCCCCCCUCCCCAACGUGGCUUUGGUGGCCUCACUGAAACCAGCCAAUGAGCAAUCCAGCUGUUAUAGUAGAGAUCAGUGGUUGAUACGCAAUGUCUCCUUACUUACACGGAGACAAAUUGAUAAUGAAAUAGUAAAAAAAUGCAAAUAUCAUAUGGGAGUGGGUUAGUUUCCAUAGUAUCUGUGCUUGCUUGUGAGAAUGCGCGAGCUUCUCAUUUUCGUUAUAACUUUUAGGUACAUUAAAUGUUAGAAUACAGUUCCAAGAAACAUUGGUUUAUUUUUCCCAGUAAAUUUUAAUGUCAACAAAAUACUCAAGACAAAUUAUUAUAGUAAUUAAAUUAUUAUUAAUGUUAAUGUUUAUAUUAUUUUUAUUACCAUUUCUAUAAUUACUGUUAAUAUCAAUAUCAUAUUAGACUAUUUUGUUUACCAUUAGUAUUACAGGCAUAUGUUGUUUACAAUCAUCAAUCAAUUUUGAAUAAGUAUAUUGUUUAUAUUAUAGAUGCUCGGUAUUCAGCUAAAAUAUGACGGUUAUGUUAUAUGUACAUAUGUCAACAUUCUGCACCAUAUACUAUGCACUCCCGAAGCCAGAUUUGUCUGCAUUAUUUGCCGAAACAAAUCCUCCUGACAAGAUUUAAAAUUUAUAAAUCUUUCAAUUUUAAAAUACAGAACAUUGAAAUAUAUCAGUGCUCCUCCUUCAACAGUGCUCCCCCCCCCUCUUAAACUUUCCUUCGUUGUUACCCAUCUGGAUUGAUGGUAUGCAUCCCAAGUAAUAUAUUUUUUUUAUUAAAAAAAACAAUGACGAAUGCCUAUUAAUCCCCUUUGAAAUGUUUUUAUGAAUGAUUGGUGAAUGUGCAAGUGAUAUGUUGUUGAUGAUAGUUAAAUUAAUAUAUAUAUUUGGUGUAACCAUUGAUUGUUAUUAAAGAUUAAAUUGCUGAUUGUGGGCAAUGAAGCACAGGACUGGAUCUUUGAACUAUGUCUGGCCCAGUGAUAACACCUCACAGCUCUGAAAAUGCGUGUCAAUGCCUUUUUCUUGUAAUUAAUAUAUAUAAAAAUAUCUUCCUUUUUGCCACUUGAUAUAGAUAACAACUCCACAUCCAAAUUUAAUCCACCUAUUUCAUUAUAUUUUAGACUUUCAUUUAUUGUAUACAAAUUCUCAUGUUAUGUUAAUACUGUAUUUAAACAAAGGAACAAGAUUUAUUGAAUAUAUUGUUAUAAAAAUGAAACAAGUUAUGAUUCUUGUAAGCUCGAAAUUUUUUUUAAUCUUUCAUAUUUUCAUGUGUUUGUAAAUACCCAAUUGGUUUCUAUUGUUUACUUGUAGGCAACUGUGAACCAAUUGUGUUUAUAUUUCCAUGUUGUUUUCUUAUUUAAGGACCAAUCAAAUCUCUGGUUAUUUGAUUAGUAAUUAAUUGUAGGAAUCAAAACCAAGAUGUAUUUCAUUUUUGUGACAUUUUUCAAGUAAUAUUUCCUUUCUUAUUCUCUAAUGCUCUAAUUUCAAAAGGCUAAGAUUAAGGAACUCAAAUUGGCCACACUCAAUUGUUAUAGGUCGUUGACUAAAAAAAACCGGUUUUUUUCGAUUUAAGAACAUUAUUUUUUGUGUGUGCUUCUGUAAAUGUAGAUAGCUAUUGCUUUUUUACCUUAAAGCAACUUACGAAAAUAAAUGUGAAAUUACAUGUA